AUGUCAAAAUUGGCUGAUGGUUUUCGAACUGCUGCAUGUUUAGCAAAUGAACCGCCGCCCGAUGAAGAUGAUCCAUUUAUGCUUUCUUUCCGCCAAUUUUCGUCUUCUCUUCAAAGAAAAUCGAGUUCGAAUAAUGUGAAAACAAAUGAAUUGGAUCCAUCGAAAUGUCUUCCCGAUUCUGAUAUGCAAACAUAUAAAAGUAUCAAAAAUCUGAAGAAUUUCUAUGAUUGGCAAGUUGAAUGUUUAUCCGAUAAAAGAUUGUUAGAUGGUCAAAAUUGUAUUUUAUCAUUGCCAACUGGAGCCGGCAAAACUUUGAUUGCUGAGAUUUUGAUGUUACGAGAAGCGAUUGUUAGAAAACGGAAUGCUAUUUUGGUUUUGCCAUAUGUUGCAAUUGUUCAGGAGAAGGUGGGCUUUUUUGACACCUAAUUAGUUUAAAAGACACUCUUUGUAAAACUGCAAAACCCACCGGACAACGAAAAAGUCAUGAUCUCAGAAUCGGCCCAAUUUUUUUCUUAGUAAGCCCCAUGGGUGGGGAACUUUUUCCACCAGGUUAGAGAUCAUGAUAUCGUUUCGCCAAUUUGGUGGGACCGGGUGAAGGGGAAAAUUGUUUUUCGAAAAAAAUUCGUAAGUCGGUUUAACGUUCAUAUUUUUCGAUGAUUAAAAAAGCAUUUUUCUCGUCUUUUGACGCUCUUUGCGAUGGAAAAGAGCACGAAUUUCGAUACUCUAUCCUAAAAAAAAAAUUUUUUUCGUCAUAAUACAACAUUGCUUGGGAGUCAUUUCCGCUCUUUCUAACCGCUUCCAAAAUGUUCCUCGUGCUUUUUCACCCAUAUUUAGCUACUUUCAAAAAAAAAUCGCCGGCACCUAUCAACCUCGGAAAAUCACCUAAAAGGGCGCGACUCAAGCGCGCGCGCUCAUAUAACACACAUAUGUGCGUGUGUGUGUGUUUGUGUGCAUUGAAGGAUUACUGUAGGUGGGAGAAAAAGUUUAAAAAAACGACUUUCUCGUGGAAACGAUGAAAAUUACAAUGAAUAGUUCCCAAAAUGAAGUACCCCAAAGGCAUUUUACAUGCAAAAAUUUUCUUUUCGGACUUUCAAGGGGUUGGACUUUUUUUUUUUUGAUAUUUUUUAGCUCUGAACUUUGAAAAAUCGUAUUUCCACUUACAGUGGACAAAAAAAGUCGAAGAAAAAGGCAUAAUGGAUCUUAAAUAUCGCUCUAUUGACUGAAAAUAAGAGUUGUUGAAAGUAUCAAGUGUUCUAGUGCCAAUUUUCGAACUCUACGUUUAAAGUUACGUACAGUAGUGUGUUAGAACUACUCAGAAAAUCAUCAUAGAUAGGUACUGCGCCUAGAAAAUCAUUCCGGCAAAUCUUCAGGCUUAGAGAGCAGCUCUGGCAAGGAUUCACGCCUAGAAAGAAAUACUGACAAGGAACAACGCCUAGAAAGCUAUUCUGACAAAGUUCCGCGCCUAGAAGUUCAUUCUGGCAAGGAGUCCCGCUUAGAAAAAAUCAUGGAUAGCUCUCUUAGGCGCGGCUCCUUGCCAGAUCAAUUGUCUAGGCGUUGACUCUUAUAAUAAUGGUUUUCUAGACGCGAAUCUUUGUCAGACUUGCUUUCUAGACAUAGAUCCUUGUCAGUGAUGUUUUCUAGGCGUAAAUCCUUCCCAGAGCUGCUCUCUAGACGUAGAUCCUUGUCAGUCUUACUUUCUAGGCGUGUUUCUAGGCGUUCUAGGCGUGAUCCUAGUGAAAGUUGCUCACUAGGAGCAGUAAUUAGCAAUAGUGGCUAUCAAGACGUGGAUUCUUGAUCGAAUUCUUUGCUUAAGUGCCGUACCUUGCCUGGUGGUCUCUGAAAGCGCAACGACGUGAUAUAAAAACUCGCAAGGCGCCGUACCAAGUUAAAGUGGUUCUCCAGGCACGGUUGCUGGUCAUAGCGGCUUUUCUGGCGCAAAUAGGGGGACAUUUUCAAAAAUUUCCGAGAAAAACAUAAAAUCAAUUUCCAGUACCACCGGGGACCGGACACCUAUCAAUUUUAACAUGCUAUUGUACGUAACUUCAAACGCAGAGUUUGAAAAUUGGCACUAGAACACUUGAUACUUCCUCAAACAAGGAAACCUUUUUUGCUCAACACUUCAAAUCUUGAUGAAAUUCUGUCCAUUGACAGCUUUUGGUGUCAUAAGAACACCCUAAAAAUUUUGUCUCCCAAUGGACCUCUGAACCAAGUUCUGGGCUCUCAAAAGUUCAAAAAUUGCCAAAAUUGGCUCAUAAAAUACAUCAUAACUCAAUUCUCGAUCAUUUUUAUGAAAAACUGAGUAGCAGAUGAUGAUCAGCGUGGUCGAUUUACCCAAAAACCAUCAAUAAAUCAAAUUUUCAAGAAAAAUUCAUUUAUGAAAAAAGAAUGAGCCGAAAAAUAAAAAAAUUCAAAAUUUUUCGAAAAAAAGUUUUAUUGUUGUACUUUUAGUAAAUCGACUAUGCUGAUCAUUAUCUGAAAUUUUAUUUCUCCCACAAAUUAUUUUGAAAUGGAGCUAUGAUGACUUUUAUGAGCAAUUUUCAGCAAUUUUCGAACUUUUGAGAGCCCAGAACUUGGCUCAGAGGUCCAUUGGGAGACUAAAAUUUUUAGGGUGUUCUUAUGACCCGAAAAGCUGUCUAUGGACGAAAUUUCAUCAAGAUUUGGAGUGUUGAGCACGUCGACCCACUAAAGAACAAACAGCUGCAAUGGGUGUGAGACAGAAUGCAUCAAAAUGCAAAAAAACUACUGAACCAUUUUGAAAACUGAUUACAUAUUCGUGAUCAGUGUGUUCAAAUCUGUGGAAAUAAGGAGUUUCAUUAAUUCUAGUCCAUGUUUAUUGUCGUAGCACUUCGUGGAAAAACCGAAAAACCGUACACCCUUUGCAGCAGUUGGGUCGACGUGUGAGUAAAAAAGGUUCCCUUGUAAAAACUAUUUCAAAAAUGUUUUUGUUUAUUCUGAAAUUUUCAAGUUUUCUAGGUCGAAAAAAUUAUUUUUUAACAACUCUUAUUUUCAGUCAAUAGAGCGAUACUUGAGAUCCAUUAUGCUUUUUUCUUCGAAAUUUUUUGUCCACUGUAAGUGGAAAUACGAUUUUUCAAAGUUCAGAGCUAAAAAAUAUCAAAAAAAAGUCCAACCCCUUGAAAGUCCGAAAAGAAAAUUUUUGCAUGUAAAAUGCCUUUGGGGUACUUCAUUUUGGGAACUAUUCAUUGUAAUUUUCAUCGUUUCCACGAGAAAGUCGUUUUUUUAAACUUUUUCUCCCACCUACAGUAAUCCUUCAAUGCACACAAACACACACACACGCACAUAUGUGUGUUAUAUGAGCGCGCGCGCUUGAGUCGCGCCCUUUUAGGUGAUUUUCCGAGGUUGAUAGGUGCCGGCGAUUUUUUUUGAAAGUAGCUAAAUAUGGGUAAAAAAGCACGAGGAACAUUUUGGAAGCGGUUAGAAAGAGCGGAAAUGACUCCCAAGCAAUGUUGUAUUAUGGCGAAAAAAAAAUUUUUUUUAGGAUAGAGUAUCGAAAUUCGUGCUCUUUUCCAUCGCAAAGAGCGUCAAAAGACGAGAAAAAUGCUUUUUUAAUCAUCGAAAAAUAUGAACGUUAAACCGACUUACGAAUUUUUUUCGAAAAACAAUUUUCCCCUUCACCCGGUCCCACCAAAUUGGCGAAACGAUAUCAUGAUCUCUAACUUGGUGGAAAAAGUUCCCCACCCAUGGGGCUUACUAAGAAAAAAAAUUGGGCCGAUUCUGAGAUCAUGACUUUUUUUGUCCGGGCCUCUGUUGUAAAGUUUACGUUUUUACAAAUAAUGUCUUUUAAACCACAAUCGGACUACGGGAAAAGAAUUGGGCCUUUUUCUUCGAAAAGUUCUGAAUUUUCAAAAAAUGCUCCAAUUUCUUAGCCCAAAAAAUUCUCAUUUUCAGAUGUCAUCUUUGGCCCCAUUCGAAGAAGCUUUUGGUAUAAAUAUUGAAGAAUAUGCAUCGAAUAAAGGCCGAUUUCCACCAAUAAAUCGCCGCAAAAAACAAUCGAUUUAUGUGGCAACUAUUGAAAAAGUUAGCGUGCUUUCCAUUAAGUUUCAUCCAAAAAUUAUUAAUUUCAGGCGAAUAUGUUGAUAAAUUCAUUGAUAGAUUUAGACAAAUUGGAUAAUAUUGGAUUAGUUGUUGUUGAUGAAUUGCAUAUGAUUGGAGAUGGAAAUCGAGGAGCAAUCAUGGAACAAUUAUUGGCCAAAUUUUUAUACAAAGGAAGAGGGCAAAUUGUUGGAAUGUCGGCGACUCUUCCGAAUUUGGAUGAUUUGCAAGUUGCGAUGAGAGCGUUUAUUUAUAAAACUGAUUUUCGACCGGUUGCUCUUUCGGAAUUUGUGAAAAUUGAGAGAACAAUGUAUUGUGUUGAGAAGGAUGGAAGUUUGAAAGUUGCCGGAGAUUUACCACCACCGGUUCGUUUUUUUUUGAAAUCUAAAAUUAUUUAGAAAUAAAGUGUAAUUUUUCUUUCAAAUUUCGAACAAUUCAAUUUCUGUAUAGUUUUUAUGUUUGAAAAAUUGAGAUCGAGCAAACACAAAUCUCUAGAAAUUCCUGUAAAAUUUGAUUUUUCUAGAAAAAUCUUGCAGAACUCCAAAAAAUCCCUGAGAAAAUCACCAAAAUUGUCUUUUUUCCAGAGAAUCAAGACGGAUCCAGAUGGCGUGUGUUUAUUGCUCGAAAAAGUCAUCCCAUCAAGUUCAGCAGUGGUUUUUUGUCCGAACAAGAAAAAUUGUGAAAAUGUUGCGAUGCUUAUAGCAAGAUCAUUGCCAUCGUAAGUUUCUCGGAAUUUUUUUUCUAGAUUUUUGUAACAAAUCACAAUUUUCAGCAAUAUUCGACAAGCGAAAAGACAACAAAUGGACGCGUUUUUACAAUCAUCUCUUGCAAAUGAUGAAGACGAAAAAGUUUGUGCAUUUUUUUCGAAUUAAAAGAUUUCUAGCUGAUUUUUCAGAUGGAUCAAAACCUGAAACAAUGCCUUCUUUCUGGUGUUGCAUAUCAUCAUUCCGGUUUAACACAAGAUGAAAGAAAAUGUGUAGAAGCUGCAUUUAUGGAAGGAUUGAUUUAUGUAGUUUGCGCAACUUCGACUUUAGCAGCUGGAGUUAAUUUACCUGUUAGAAGAGUUAUUAUAAAAGCACCAAUGGUUGGAAGAGAGAAAUUGGGAAAAGCGCAAUAUCUUCAAAUGGCUGGUCGAGCUGGAAGAGCUGGUUUUGAUACAAAAGGAGAUUGUAUAACAAUUGUGAGAAAAGGUGAAGAGGAAAGAUGGUUCAGGAAAAUGUUGCAAACCGAAAUUCCGAAAUGUUGUAGUGGAUUAGCGAGUGAAGAAACUAUGAGUUCGUUUUUAUUAGAUCUUGUUAGUUUGAAAAUUGCUGUGACUUUUGAUGAACUUAUGGCUGCAAUGAGAUAUUCAUUGAUUGGUUCGCAAGAAACUGAAGAGAAAUUGAAAGAGGUGAUUGGAAAUUCGAUUGAACGAUUAAAACGCGAUCAAUUUGUGACAAUUGACGAUGAGAAUAUUAUAACACCAUCAGAUCUUGGAAAAGCUGUAUUUAAUGCGGGAUUUGGACCAGAAGAAGCGACUCAAGUGCACACUGAUUUGAUAUCAUCUUUGAAUCAGGGUGUUAUAUUUUCAUCACAUUUUCAUCUACUUUUUAUUAUAACUCCAUAUGAACAAGCAUGUUGUAUUAAUUGGGAUCUUUUUUUGGAAUUGGUUAGUUUUUGGGGAUUUUUUUUUGAAAGGUUACGAUCUUGAGGUUUUGUUCAAAAUAUUCUAUGAACUUAUUUUGGCCAAAUUCAAGAUAAAUUCCGAUUUCCAGCUUUCUUAAAUUAAAAAAUUUGAAUCUUCAAACUUUUCCUCUUCCGUCAAUGCGGAGCAUCGUUGUAAAAGAAUUUUUUCUCAAAAUUUUCAAUUUCCUUCCAAAAAGUGCAUAACUAUGAAUUCAUAAUGAGUUUUGUUCGAGAAAACUGUAAAUUAUUAUGGGAUCAAAUAGUUAACUUUUUAAUUUAAUUUCAAAAAAAAUUGAACAUUUUCAGUAUAACGCACUUCCUCAAAGCGAAAAGAAUUUGUUGGGUCAAUGUGGAUUGAAAGAACGUUUUAUAUUAGAAGCAAAUAUCAAAAGACUCGAACAAAAAGCUGGAAGUCCACGAAUGCGACUUUAUAUCGCAUUAAUGCUGCAAAAAAUCUGGAAUCAACAACCUAUGUUUGAAAUUGCGGAAAGAUUUGGUGUCGAAAAAGGAUGGCUGCAAGCAACAUUACAAUCUGCAAUUGCACAAGCUGCAUCAAUUGCAAAAUUCUCGGAGAAAAUCAAUAAUCUUUGGCCACUUCGACAAUUGCUACCUGAAUUGGUUCAGAGGUUAUCCGAAGCUGCACAACCUGAAUUGAUACCUUUGAUGGCUAUUGAUGGAGUCAAAAAAGCAAGAGCUUCUUUGUUAUAUAAAGCUGGGUUGAGAACUGUUGCUAAAGUUGGUUUUUUCACAGAUUUUUAACAGAUUCUCUUUCUGAGUUUGAAAAUUUCACCCUGCCGUCAAUGGGGAGCAUCGUUGUAAAUUCUUGAUUUUUGUGUAAAAAUUAACAUUUCUGACAAUUUUUUUCGGUAAAAAAUUUGUGAAACUGGAAAACUUUCCAUCUUUUUCGAGCCAAAAUUGAUGGUUUCAAUCUGAAAUUGAUGUUAUUUCAUAUGCUAAGCAUUUAUUGAUUACUUUCCUCAAAUUAUACUUUUUUAUCAACUUUUGUGUGUAAACCCGGAGCAUCGUUUAACUAUAUAAUGUUUGCAGGUUGCUCGUGCCAGUGUUCUUGAAAUUCAACAAGCUCUUGGUGUUAUUCGACGAGCUCAAGCUCAACUUUUGAUAACAAAUGCCAAAAAUCUUUUACGCGAUCGAAUCGAUGAAAAACUCGAAGAACUCGAUGUUUUUGGACUCGGAAUGGAUGAUUUUUAA